GGUGCUCUACCAGUGCGCUACCCAACCACCAGACCAAGUCAAACAGCCCCGACUGUGUGAUAAAUCAGCUCAGCUCAGCUCAGCUCAGCACCGAACCAUGCUGCGCUGGUGUCUGGUGCUGCUGCUCGCGGCUGUCGGCGUGUCCGGCUACCAGGACAUCAGCCGGUGCACCUACUUCUGCCGCACGUCCGACGGCCGGUUCUUCUGCUGUCACAGCGGCGACCAGGGCGCCCACCGGCCGGUGGUGCACCCGGGACGGUGUCCCCCGGUGCGCCCCCAGUGCCCGCCCUCCCGGCAGCGCCCCCGCACCUGCGCACACGACGGCGACUGUCCCCGCAGCAGCAAGUGCUGCUACGAUACCUGCCUCGAGUGGACCGUCUGCAAGCCGGCGCUCGGAUUCAGCGAGGGCAUCAUCGAGUUUGAAGAAUUUCGGUUUCCCUAUCGGAAGCGCGGCUAGGCAGAGGGCGGUCGUGAGGCUACGAGCGGCCACUCCAUCCACCCCGGUGCCGGGGACUGUCAGAGAACCCGGCGACAGCUCAACUUACGCGUAGGGACCGAGUCGCCCAUAGCCGCGUCCUCAGCUCAUCUUGACUCAGGCAAUGCUCGCUGCGUGACAGCACAGCGUCACUGCCCAGUACCGCAACCAGCUAGCAGGCGGGCUCAGUCGUUCCCGAAAAGAUGGUGAAAGCUCGGGGGUGAUUGCAGAAUGUAUCUGCUUCUCACGAGACCACAAAAUACGCGCUAUA